AUGCCUGGCCUUACGGACGAUGAAGUCGUGAGCGAGAUGCGGAAGAUGACGGCGUUCAUCAAGCAGGAGGCGCUCGAGAAGGCUCGCGAGAUCAAGGUCAAGGCCGAUGAGGAGUUUGCGAUCGAGAAGGGUAAGAUUGUGCGGCAAGAGAGCGCCAACAUCGACGCCAACUUUGAGCGGAAGAAGAAGCAGGCCGAGAUUGAGAAGAAGAUCGCCAUCUCGAACCAGAACAACAAGGCGCGAUUGCAGCUGCUCGAGAAGCGCGAGGAGCUGCUCGAGAAGGUGUUUGACGAGGCCAAGGCCAAGAUUGGGGACGCGACGAAGGACCAGAGCAAGUAUGCCGAGCUGUUGAGGAACUUGGUCUUGCAGGCCCUCUUCCGGCUGAUGGAGAAGAACGUCAAGGUGUCGGGCCGACCAAAGGACCAGGAGAUCCUGAAGAAGGCGGUCGACGACGCGGCGUGCGAGUUCAGGGAGAAGUCGGGCAUUGACGUGCGAGUCGAGGUCGACGACCAGCUGAGCGACAAGUCGAACGGCGGCAUCAUCCUCACUGGCGCGCGCAUCACGGUCAACAACACGCUCGACGAGCGCCUCAGGCUGCUGUCGGAGCUCGCGCUGCCCGCCCUCCGCGAGAACCUGUUCGGCAAGAACCCGAACCGGGCCUUCUUCUCCUAG